UUACGUUACUUUUUUUUUUUCUGUCAAUUUCACCCUUCGGACGCCGAUACUUCGUACUUCGCAGCCACCGCCGUCCCGCCAAACGCGCACGCCGACACGCAUCGUGCCGUAUCGCCGCCCGUCGGUUACGUUCGCCGAGUCCACACGUACGACUUCAAACCGCUUCAAUUUGAAAAAUUUAAAGAAAGCUGUACACGUUUUUGUCUCGUCCCGCGGAUAAAUCGAAUAAUAUCGUUCGACGACGUUAAAAUGGACAUGGACGCGGUUUACCAGAAGUACAUCUCGUGCAUCCUCGAAGACGUCAGGGCCAUCCACGGCAAAGAAAUGGUGGCCACCGGCAGCCCGUCGGUGUUCUGUUCGGUUUUGCCCGGCCACUGGCGGUCCAACAAGUCGUUGCCGAUACCGUUCAAGGUGGUCGUGUUGGACGAGGUGCCCGACGGCGCCGUUGUGGUCGUCCAGGCUGGAAACGACGAGAACCCGUCGGCCGAUAUGCGCAACUACCGCGCGCUGUCCGCCACCGGCGUGGCCGUCUUCAACGACCUCCGGUUCGUCGGCCGCAGCGGACGAGGAAAGCUGUUGACCCUGACCAUUACGGUGCAGUGCAAAGACCAAGUGGUGUUGGUAGCCAACUACGUGAAGGCCAUUAAAAUCACCGUGGACGGACCCAGACUGCCGCGAUCCAAUCACCGGGAUGUCAUUCACGGUUACGGAGGCAUGUUCCCCAUGCACGGUCCCCUGCCGCCUUACGGUAUGAUCAUGGAGUACAAGCGGUUGCUGGAGGGCGCCGCGCUACCCGGGUCGCUCAACUACCAGUACAUAGCUGCCAAUUACUUCCAACUGCACAACGCCAUGGAAGCUUCGCAGAUGUAUUGCGACUUACCACCGCAAUCGGCUUUCACCUUUGCCGGUUACAAUCACGGUAGCCUGCCGCCCACGCCUCCACACACGGAAGAAGAAUCCGCCACACCGACGUCCCUACAGGAAGACCCGGCCGUCCCGGCUAAAAGGUCGCCCGCCUUUGCCGGCGAGUCGUUGGAGAAAAGGCCCAAACGGGAAUCCACGUCCAGUCCGGACAUCGACAUCGUCAACGUGGCCGUCCGGUCUUCCAGCCCGGACAGUCUAAAACCAAGACAGGAGAAGAUCUGGAGGCCUUACGGUGCCACCGACGAUUGAUCCCCAGUGUAAAAAAAAAUUCCCCCCCCCCCGUAAGAUUUUGUAAAAAAAAACCCGGCGGUUGUUUGUUUUUCCCUAUAUAAAUAUAUUUAAUGUUUAAACGAUAAGGCCGAACCGCGUGCGCCUUAAAAAUUAUAGACAAUCAACCGAGCAUUUCUUAUUUUUUUUUUAGGUUACAUAAUAAUUCGAUAAAUUGUGAUAUUAGUUUUUAGGUAUAUUUAUAAUUAUUAUUAUGAUAUUAUAUUAUGUGUUUGUAAUUUUUUUAACAUAUGUAUGUAUACGUUAUACGCCCGAGACCUUUAUUUACAAAUUUUACAAUUUGUAGUAAUUUUGUGUACAGAAAUGUCACGUUUGUAAAACCAAAGUAUUUUAUUAGCCCACCAAAAAAAAAAAAAUAUAUAUAUAUGUAUAU